UUUGAAGUGUGAGCGGGUAUUCUGAAAAGACAAGGUUAUCCGUUCGUCAUUUUCGUGUAAUAAAAACUACUAUGAGUUUAAAUUUAACGGAUGACGAGUUAGUGGACAUGACAACAGCUGAUCUUCGAUUGCUGCUAGAAAAAAAACGUGUAACAAUUGAGGAACACAAAGAACUUCGUAGUCGGAGACGUCGUUUGCAAAAUCGGAAGUACGCACGCAAAUGUGCUAGCAAAAAGCAAUCCGAAGUGGAAAACUUAGCCACCCAGGUGAAGGAAGAGGUUGUUGAAAUCCAGGCUCUAAGAACUCAGUUAUCACGAACCAACUUGGCGACAAAACACUUAGAACACCAAUUACGCCGCAUAAUGGAAUUCAAGGAAAAGUGUCUCAAUAAUGAAAGUAAUGGAUUUCAGAUAAAGACAAUCCGCAUGUUGAAUUCUAACGGUCAACCUGCUGGAUUUGCUUACAUUAAUUCGACGUUCUCUUCUAAUUUUAUGGGUCCUAAGACUCAUGAAGUUGUCCAUCCAACAGAUAAAAAUUGCGAUGUCAUAGAAAUUGCAACUUGUUCAAAGUAUAACCCUCUAUCUUCAGGUUCCAGUAAAUACAAAUACAGUCUAGAAGAACACCCUUCCAACGUUUAUCCACGUCAAAUACCUACGGUUUCGCAAUUUUCUUCAGGCCUUGGCUUCCCUGGUACAAGUUCACCUGUACGUUUUUCAUGUAACCCUCCUUGUCACUUCAAAAAUCAUCUUCAAAUGCGUCUGGUUAGACCAGUCGGUGGAGGCUUCGCAUCACAUGGCAGAGGCAUGUCUGAAUAUUAAUAUCAGCUUCCAAUAUCAUUUCUCUUCGGUUAAAUACAGCACCCCGAAUACCAAUAUCAUAAAUGGAAUAAUUUAUUAGCCCAUAUUCAUGCAUACCUGAGUGAACCCAAGAUUUUCCAUUUUACUGUGAUCAAAUAUUAUUUCCAUUGUUUUCUGUUCAUUGUUUGUCCUAUGUUAAUGCUAAAGUUUUGUGGCUUUGUCUCAUUUAUAAUAAAAACAAGUAUAAAACCGUUUCUUUCAA